GGCUAUGCACCACUCAAUUCAGACUUUGAGAAUUUUUAUGUCCGUCGUCUCAAACUUCGAAUUAAUGAUGUUUUUAAUCGCCCAGUUACUGGAGUUCCCGGUCGAAAGAUUAACUUACUAGAACGUAAAACUGAUAACUAUUGUAAAACAUUUCAAUUAACUGGUAAUACUAAGGAAUGUUUAAAUUUAAGUAGCUAUAAUUAUUUGGGUUUUGCGCAAUGUGAAGGUCCCUGCGCUGAUGCAGUGGAACAGACUAUAAGAAAGUAUGGAAUUUCAUCAUGUAGUUCUCGAGCUGAAGUUGGCUCUUUAGAUCUUCAUCUACAAGUAGAGUCCCUUGUUGCAAGAUUUGUAGGAAAAGAGGCUGCUAUGAUUAUUUCUAUGGGUUACGCAACAAAUAGCACUACAAUUCCAGCCCUUGUAUCAAAAGGUUGCCUUAUAAUUUCUGAUGAAUUAAAUCAUAGCUCCAUAGUUUUUGGCAGCCGUCUUUCUGGUGCAUUUAUCCGAGUCUUCAAACAUAACAAUAUGAGUGACUUGGAAGCUUUAUUAAAAGAGUGUAUUAGUCAAGGCCAACCACGUACGCAUCGUCCGUGGAAGAAAAUCUUGCUCAUUGUGGAAGGGAUCUAUUCAAUGGAAGGAAGUAUAUGUAACUUGCCAAAAAUUCUCGAACUUAAACGAAAAUAUAAGUUUUAUCUUUAUGUCGAUGAAGCUCACAGCAUUGGCGCAUUGGGGCCACGUGGUCGUGGCGUAUGUGACUAUUAUGGUGUCAAUCCUGAUGAAGUAGAUAUAUUAAUGGGCACGUUUACCAAAUCAUUCGGUGCAGCUGGUGGAUAUAUAGCGGCCAACAAAAAUGUAAUUGACUACUUACGUCUUUCAUCUCAUGCAUCGAUCUAUGCCGAAUCAAUGACACCUCUUGUACUACAACAAAUUUAUACAUCAAUGUCAAUUAUAAUGGGUGAGGACGGAACAAACGAAGGCCGGGAGCGUUUAGAACGCUUGGCUUUCAAUGCACGUUACCUUAGUACAAAUCUACGACGAUUAGGUUUUAUUAUUUAUGGGGAUUAUGAUUCUCCAAUUAUUCCUCUUAUAUUAUUUAAUCCCGCAAAAAUUCCUGCAUUUUCCAGAGAAUGCCUAAAACGUAACAUUGCGGUAGUGGUCGUUGGUUAUCCAGCAACGCCAAUGAUUUCAUCACGUGCUCGAUUUUGUAUUUCUGCUGCACACACAAAAGAAGACUUAGAUGUUAUAUUACGAGCAUGUGAUGAGAUUGGUGAUAUUUUACAACUUAAAUUAUCAAGCAACCCAAAAAGACUGACACUUGAAGAAAUAUUGAAAAAGGGGGAAGAAGGGCUAUAA